AUCUGCAGGAUCCGUCUGAAAGUGCAACAGCCGCGCCCUCGUGCAGGCCUAAUCUGGAUAGCAGCUCCGAAGACGGCAUCACCGAAGCAUCCAGAGGCUCUGUUCGCAUCCACUCCGUGCCACUUAGCAUGGCAGAUCAAGCAGCCCAAUUAGAAGCUUUAAAAGCUGCCGCCAGCAACCAUGAGGCGCGGGUCAAGACUGCGGCAACCAAAGAUGAAGCUCUCCAGCAGGCGCUUGCUGCAGCAGAAAAUCUCAUGAAGGCCGCGAAGCUGACGGCGAGUCCGGCCGAGAAGAAGCAACUGAAUCAGAGGUUCAAUGCCGUCGCCGAUGUUGCACGAAGCGUGAAGAGUAACGAAUGGACACCAUCGAAACCAAUAGUUACAAUCCGGCCGCAGCAGCAGAAUGUGAAUGUGGCAUCAAGGCCGAAAUCAAAGGCCGACGGGAUCGGAGAAUGGGCUGCAGAGGUCGCACAAUCAUUCGGCCCCAUUCCUAGCAGCUCUCAUCCUCAGCCCGCAUAUCCAACACAAGACUCAUCUUCGGGGACGCGAGUCGCUACCCAGUCUACCCUACCUCACGGUACAUCAUUCACAUCACCCCCAUCCCAAUCUCCCUCCCAACAUCCUACCUUGAUAUCUGCCCAUGCAAAUGGAAAACAUGAGGAUGGUUGGAGGCACUCUGGUGGAGGUAUCUCUCAUUCAAAAUUGGACUUGGCAGCCCAGGACGACUCGAGAAAUCGGAAACCAGAACUCACACAAAAGGGACCGCCGCGGGCGGGCUCGACAACUUCGGUAUCUCAUGUUCGCAAGUUACGUGAGCCCAUCUCUUCUCGAAAGCGCACCACAAAAGAGGAGAUCAUUCUUCUCAAGGCUUCACUUGUGAAUGGGGUAAAGUGCCCGCCAUGGGACAAGAUUCCUUCCACGAACGAGUUUGCCGCGGAUGACUCUGGGUUCUUUACUCAAUCUCGUGAAUUGAGUUUGUCCCCUCAGCAGCAGCAGCAUUUCAAGGCCUGGACUCGUGCGAAAGAUGCGUUACCGAGGGGUUCAUCUGGAUCACAUGAACAUCCUGUCAUGUCAUCGCCUCGUCCAAUCGACUUAGUCCAAGAUGCGGCGACAGACUGUUCGGUUGUCGCCAGUCUUUGCGCCGGAAUUGCUCGGACUGAGCGUGGAUACGACAAGAUACUUUCCACAAAGCUGUAUCCAUUUGAUCGGAACUUGGGAAGACCGGUCUUAUCUACCAACGGCAAAUACAUUGUUCGACUGCAUUUCAACGGUUGUUGGAGGAGAGUGACGAUUGACGACCGUCUCCCACAAUCGGAGACACGCGCCCUUCAUGUCGUGGAUAGGCGAGAACCAGCUCUCCUGUGGCCCGCUCUUCUCGAGAAAGCAUACUUGACUGUCCGUGGAGGUUAUGACUUUCCAGGCAGCAAUUCUUGUAGUGACUUGUGGACGUUGACUGGCUGGAUCCCUGAACAAGUCCAUUUGCAGGAAACCGACAUCGUCCCUGACCAGCUUUGGAAUCGGCUCCACAAAGCGUUUGCUUUUGGAGAUGUCCUUGCUACUCUCGGUACCGGACAAAUGUCUGCUAGGCAAGAGCGCGAGCUGGGCUUGGAGGGCCAACAUAGUUAUGUCGUACUAGACCUGAAAGAGACAGAACAUGAUCGAUUUCUUCUCGUGAAGAACCCUUGGGUUGAGGGUAGGGGCUGGCUUGGUCCACGUCCUUCCCCGGAAGAAUUGUAUGCCUCAUCUACCAUAACCGAUAGUUCGAAGGAUGGCCUGGCAACAUACCACCGCGACACUAUACCCACAAAAGACCGGCCUAGCCCGACAACAUUCUGGAUUGGGUUGGAACAAGUGAUAAGACACUUUGAUGGUCUGUAUCUGAACUGGAAUCCUGGCCUGUUCCGCUACCGGCAAGACAUUCACUUUGAGUGGGCAGUUGAUGGGUCUUCUGAAGAAGAGAACAGAUGCAUUGUAGCGCAUCCCCAAUUCCUUUUCCACUCGGAAGACGAGAGUCCUGUUUGGUUUCUGCUAAGUCGUCACUUCCGAGCGACAGUUGGAGAUAGCAGAGAGGAAUCGGAUGCCUUCAACGACGGAAGCAUACGUCCGAGUACACUGACAGACACAUCGGACGAUAUACCCAAAGGGUACAUGAGCAUCUUCGUAUGCCCAGGCAACGGGAACCGUCUGUACGUCAAAGACACGUGUCUCGAGCGCAGCGACUACGUCACAACACCACAGUGUCUCUUACGCUGGGAUGCCGAAGCCCACUCCACCUAUACAGUUGUGUUAGACCAAGAUGAGCUGCCUGCGUCGGCGUACACAUUCUCGCUUUUCGCUUUUUCGAAUUCCAAGAUCGAGCUUGAACCAGCGAUUCCACAAUAUCCGCUACAGAAAGUGGUCACGGGCGAAUGGACGAAGCAGACGGCCGGAGGAGGUACAGGCUCCAGCCAGUACUUUCAAAACCCACAGUACGCCCUCGAGGUGAAGCAGCGGGGACCUAUAGCCAUACUUCUCACCAGCACAAAUCGGAAGAACGCUCUCCACGUGAAGCUUACCUUGGGACACGGCAAAAGGAUAUAUCGGCUCAACAGCCGGGACGUUCUCGUUGAUUCAGGGGACCAUCGGGCGCGUUGUGUCUUUGCGGAAGCCAAGGACCUGGAGCCUGGCAUGUACACGAUUGUCUGCUCUCUCUUCGAGGCUGGACAGACGGGCGACUACAGUUUGCGGGUGGACAGCACCUGCGAGAUCGUACUCAAGCAAAUACCACGAGAUGGCGCAGGGCUCAUGUUGAAUCGACUUGCGCCAGUGUGCUUUCGUCCAGAGGUCAACGAAGUAGUGGCCCCGAUGGUGGUCCGACGCCUUGCGGCAUACACUAUAGUUGUUCGAUUUUUGAAAGCAACGACUUCGCGUUCGGCGGGUGUGUUGCCCACUACCCGCAGCCCCUUGCGAUUCAGUGUAGAAUACGGAAGGGGUCCAGAGCGGCGGUUUCUCAUCACCAGCGAGCGCGGACAAUAUUCGGACGCAGUCAUACUCCGUACAGAGGCUGUCAAUAUCGACCCUGAAAUGUACCCAGGUGCCAAUCUGUCCUUGGUCAUGGAUCGACUGUCUGGCCCCGGAGGUCCCGUCGAAGAGUGGUAUGAAGUGGAGGUGUAUACUGACAUUCCUAAUGCCUGCGAAAUUGGAGUUUGGCGUGACAGGAAGUGACGACGAGGAGGAAGCAUGGGCGGCGUUGUAGGUGGGGAGUUUGUCAAUUUUGGCGUUGGCGCAACGUGGUAUCAAAAGUUGGUGUCAUUUGUGCAGGUCGGAUGGUCAUGUACGAACAGCAGUGACGCUAGGUUUGGUCACCGGGGGCUGCCGUCGAAGG